GCCUUCCCGAGCCACUCCCCUUUGUAUGUUUGUACAAUCUCUCAGAGAUUUCAGUAAUAAGCUAGCUAGCUACGCUGUAAGAUGAAUACCAAGGCACCUAAGAGCUCUGGAAAUUUCGUGAUUGCCAAAGGUGCAGUAGUGUGCGCUGAAGCACAGCUGACAGGAGAUGUCACUAUCGGCACCCAAACAGUCGUUCACCCCAGUGCCAAGAUACUAGCUGAAGGAGGUCCUAUUAUCAUCGGAGAGGGUAACCUUAUACAGGAGGAAGUUACCAUUAUCAAUAGAAAACCUGAGAAUGGUGAAGAAGCGACUCCACUUAUCAUUGGAAGGGGAAAUGUAUUUGAAGUGAAAUCCCACUGCGAGAGCAAGUGUGUUGGUGACUUCAACACAUUGGAAGCAAAGAGUUUCGUUGGUCCGAGAGUGACGGUGACUGAGCAGUGUGUAAUAGGGGCGGGGUGUACAGUGGAUUCCAUGGAAACGAUCUCUCCGAACACGGUCAUGUACGGGUCAAAGUGCACCCGAUAUAUAAAGACCAUUCCUGCCCACGCGUCGAAUCAGCAACAGUUGGAAUAUCUCAUCAAAGUACUGCCUAACUAUCACCACUUGACAAAAUCUACUAGUUAAUCAGUGACUUUUGUGUCAUUAUUAUUGUAGUUUAUUAAUUAAUGACUGUUAAUAAUUAUGAUAA